AUGUUGAUGAAGUAUGACAAUCAGAUUUCUCAAGAAAAAAAAGCAAAAUACUUUCAGUUCUUAAUCCAGGUCUUUACUUCUAAAGUGGAGGAGUCCAGGAGUUUCUUGCUGCAAUUCAACAUGUCCUCAUUAUCAGAAAAAUUCUUUCUUGUGACAAGGAUGAUUUCCGGGAAAACAACUUCCCAACUCUUCUGUGGCAGCCUUGUUGAUUUUUAUGUCAAAGAAGGUCCUCCCUCCAUCUCAAUGUAUAACAAGGGUCUUUUGCUGCUGGAACCACUCAACAACCCAUUAGUUCAAACAAAACAACAGCUUGAAUUACUUCUUCUGUUUCCGUUAGAUUCCAAUCCAAUUCAAAAGGCAACUUCAGCCACCAAAAGAGCCCAAGAUGGCAAUCAUUCUAAAGUAUGCUCUUGGUUCAAAAGGCAUUCUUCAUGUGAAAAUAUCCCAAGGGAAAUAAUCAAACAAAAUGGAAGAUUCCAGAAACAUGGAGAUGGUGGCUCUUUGUUUGAUGAGAGACAUCUUGGAAAAGAGAAGCAUGAAAACUUGUGUCUAUGUGGUUAUUAUUCUGAUCGUAAAAGAUUUUUGGAAGACUUGGUGUGUGAAAUUGUAUCCGAAGAUGUGUGUCAACUCUUUUGAAUAGCAAGUCUAUGCUAGAGUGAUACAAAACAUUUGCUCCAGGAGAUUAUAAGAUUAUAAGUACAACAAUAAUAUUGUUGGAAAGAAAUUGAAAUAUGAUGCAUGUGUAGUCUCCUUCAAAAAGUAGAUUUGAUUGUCAAUUGAACGGUAUUUAGGUCCAAAUUGUUCAAAGAAAGAAUUUAUAGUCAAGAAAGAAAAAUGAUGCAUGAAACAAUGUUUAUAGUUGUUCAAUGUCUUGGAAAGAUGCUUGCUACUAUUAUGUGACAUGACAUCUCCUUUGUUAUGGA